AUGCGCACACUAGGAACAGACGGGAGGCCUACUAGUCGACGCCGCCGCACAGCAGAUGAAGUUGGUCCCUCUGUACCAGUUCCGCCACCACAGGAGCCACCACAGCCAGUCGGGUAUCCUGGAGGACCUUCGGAUCGAUCAUUACUUGUUCGAUACGAGGACCAUGUUGCUCGUCGUCUAUGGUUCGGGGAGGAAAGAGAUCGUAAAAAGGAGCUCAAAGUCGCAGGAUAUGGGACGAAGCUUCAGGAUAAAGUUCCUCAGAUGCUCCCACCAGAGAUGGAGGCUUUGGUGUCUAGGUCAGGUCUUACUUGUCUCCAGAGGACUAGCCUGACCAAGAUAGACGUUAAUCUUGUCUCAGCAUUUGUGGAAAGGUGGCAUAUAGAGACAUCGUCAUUUCACAUGCCAUUUGGUGAGAUGAUGAUUACAUUGGACGAUGUUGCCAGUCUGCUGCACUUGCCCAUUAGAGGUUUGUUCUGGUAUCCUGAGGAGCAUGUCGCCGAGGAGAUGGCUGUUGAGCUCGGCAUCCACUACUUGGGAGUGGAGAGGGGUGAGAUGGCUCAACAUGUGCGUGAUUGUCGGGGAGCUUAUUAUUCACUGCAGUGGUUAUAUGAUAGAUACGUGGAGUAUCGUGCUGCUAGUAGCUAG